AUGUUCUUUUUUGUCUGCUUCUCUUUUGUCUGCUUCUCUUUUGUUCUCUCUCUCUUUGUCUCUCUUUUGUCUUUGUUUGUCUUCUCUCUUUGUUUGUUUUGUCUUCUCUUUUGCUUCUCUUUUGUCUGUCUCUCUCUUUUUUGUCUGUCUCUCUCUUUUUGUCUCUCUUUGUCUCUUCUUCUUUUCUGUCUCAUCUUCUCUGUCUCUCUUUCUGCUUCUCUUUUUCUGUCUUUUUUGUCUGUCUGUCUCAUCUCUCUUUCUCUUUUUUGUCUGUCUCUCUUUGUCUCUCUCUCUCUCUCUUGUGCUCUCUCUUUUGUCUGUCUUUUUUGUCUGUCUCUCUCUCUUGCUUCUCUUUUCUCUUGUCUUCUCUUUUGUCUGUCUCUCUCUCUUCUCUUCUUGUGCUUCUCUUUUUGUCUGUCUCUCUCUCUCUUGUGCUUCUCUUUUUGUCUGUCUCUCUCUCUUGUGCUUCUCUUUUUGUCUGUCUCUCUCUCUUGUGCUUCUCUUUUUGUCUGUCUCUCUCUUCUCAUCUCUCUCUUGUGCUUCUCUCUUUCUCUUGUGCUUCUCUCUCUCUCUCUUCUCUCUCAUCUCUCUCUUGCUUCUUUUUGUCUGUCUCUCUCUCUCUCUUUGUGCUUCUCUCUUUUGUCUGUCUCUCUCUCUUUGUGCUUCUCUUUUCUCUCUUGUGCUUCUCUCUCUUUGCUUCUCUUCUCUCUCUUGUCUGUCUCUCUCUCUUUGUUCUCUCUCUCUCUCUUUGUCUUCUCUCUCUCUCUCUUGUGCUUCUCUUUCUCUCUCUUGUGCUCUCUCUCUCUCUCUCUUGCUUCUCUUUCUCUCUCUUGUUGUCUUCUCUCUCUCUUUGUGCUCUUUGUUCUCUCUCAUCUCUCUCUUGUGCUUCUCUCUCAUCUCUCUCUUGUGCUUCUCUCUCAUCUCUCUCUUGUGCUUCUCUCUCAUCUCUCUCUUGUGCUUCUCUCUCAUCUCUCUCUUGUGCUUCUCUCUCUCUCUCUUGUGCUCUCUCUCUUUUAUCUCUCUCUCUCUCUCUCUCUUGUGCUUCUCUCUUUUCUCUCUUGUCUCUCUCUCUCUCUUGUGCUCUCUCUUGUGCUUCUUCUCAUCUCUCUCUCUCUUCUCUGCUUCUCUUUUGUCUCUCUCUCUUUGUGCUUCUCUUCUCUCUCUUGUCUCUCUCUCUCUCUUGUGCUUCUCUCUCUUCUCUCUCAUCUCUCUCUUGUGCUUCUCUCUCUUGUGCUUCUCUCUCAUCUCUCUCUUGUGCUUCUCUCUCAUCUCUCUCUUGUGCUUCUCUCUCAUCUCUUUUGUCUCUCUCUCUCUCUUGUGGUGCUUCUUCUUUGUCUCUCUCUCUCUCAUCUCUCUUGUCUCUCUCAUCUCUCUCUCUUUUGUCUCUCUCUCUCGUGCUUCUCUUUUUGUCUCUCUCUCUCGUGCUUCUCUUUUUGUCUCUCUCUCUCGUGCUUCUCUUUUUGUCUCUCUCGUGCUUCUCUUUUUGUCUCUCUCUCGUGCUUCUCUUUCAUCUCUCUCUUGUGCUUCUCUCUCAUCUCUCUCUUGUGCUUCUCUCUCAUCUCUCUCUUGUGCUUCUCUCUCAUCUCUCUCUUGUGCUUCUCUCUCAUCUCUCUGUGUCUGUUGGACGUGUGCAGCUAUUCUUUAUGA